CUGGGGAAAAGAAGUUUGACAAAAGGGGUUGCCCCAUAAUGCUGCUCGGGUAUAAAAAUUAUCUCACCACCAAAGUAAAGUAGCCAUCAAGAUAAUGCAAAACAGCUUCCCUUCUUGUUCUUCAUAUAAACUUUAUCCUAAGACAACCUUGCACAAGAAAGUUCUCUCCAUUUCUCUCUUUCUUCAAUUUGCCUGGUAUGGGGAAACUCUGGGUUGAAGUGUGCCUGAUAUCUGCCAGGGGCCUCCGGCGUUCGUCUUCCUUAUGGAAGCUCCAAUGGUAUGCCGUUGGGUGGACUAACCCGAAUAACAAAUACUGCACCAAGAUUGAUGCAUCUGGAAAUGCAAAUCCAGUAUGGAAAACCAAGUUUGCUACCUUGGUUGAGGACUCAGAGUCGAACUUGAAGGAUCUGGCGCUGCACAUUGAAGUGUACAGCAGAGAGCCUAUAUUCCUCAGAGAGAGGCUUCAGGGUACAGCAACUAUUGUCUUGAGAGAGUUUCUGGCUAAGCAUAACAAGAAUUCUGAGGCUUCAAGACAAGGAGCUGAAGAAGUUGGGAGCUAUCAAUUGCGGAAGAAGAACUCCAACAAGCCUCAAGGAUUCGUCGAUGUUUCAAUACGUAUAUCUGAGGACAUGGAAGCUCGAAGCUCAUACACAGGCAGUGAGGGAGGACCUACGGAUCUCAGCAAUACCAUCACCUUGGCUAUUGGAGAUGGGUCUGCACCAACAUUUCAACCUCUAGCGCCACACCGAAGGCCAGAAAGUCAGCUCAGUAUCAAUUCUCCAUAUGCACAACCAAGGCCUUCCCCUACAAACUAUUCCAACCCAUAUGCAGUUGGACCAAGCCACCCACCAUCAGGGGGACCAAGUUAUCCACCAGCCAGCGGACCAAGUUACCGGCCAUCCAGCGGACCAAGCUACCCGCCAGCAAGUGGACCAAGCUAUGAGCCGCCCAAAACUCCGCCACCACCUCCCCCACCUUCUAAUGUUGGGUACAUACCCACUUUUAUCCCAAGAACAGAUAGAAUGUCGGAUACCUAUGUUAAUAUGCCAUCAUCUGGAGCACCGCCUGGUCGUAGAGGGGCACCGGGUUUUGGAAUGGGAAUGGGUGCUGGAGCGCUGGCGGCCGGUGCUGUGAUCUUCGGUGAUGACUUUAUGUCAGGAUUUGAUGUGCCUUCGGGAUUACAAGAUGCUAGUCUCACCAUAUCAACUGAUCCUCCUUUUUAACCAAGUUUGUAAUUAGCAUCGGUAAUUAUAUUGUAUCAAAUUAAUGCAGUAUAAAAGUCCACUACUUAAACUUGGUUGUCCCAUUAAUGCAGCUAAACUCCUUUCUCAGAUAAUGAUCUUAGUAAAGAACAAGAAUGUGCAUAGGGUUUUGCUCCAUUACAUAUAAUAUCAAAUGACAAGACUAUUGGUCGCUUAUUGCACA